CAAAGGAGCCCGUCGCAUGUGAAUGACGACAGUCUGUCGCAUAGUUGCGUAAUCAGCCAACAUGGCCGCAUCCAUGAGACUGCUGCUGCGGAGAGUGAUCCGUUACUCUCACAGAGAUAUUAACGUUACCGCCGCUGGAGCUGCGGGUCGGUCCGGUUGCUGUUGGGGGCCGUCGACUUGUCGGUGUUCCAGCGGUGAUGCCGGAGACAGAAGCACACAUUUUGGCUUUGAAACGGUGCCCGAGACCGAGAAGGCGAAGAAAGUGUAUAAGGUGUUUGAGAAUGUGGCGCAGAAGUAUGACACCAUGAACGAUGCCAUGAGUCUGGGAGUUCAUCGCCUGUGGAAGGACGUACUGCUGCACGUCAUGCACCCGCAGCCCGGGGCGCAACUCUUGGACGUGGCGGGCGGAACGGGUGACAUCUCCUUCCGUUUCCUCGACUACGUUCGCUCCCAGCAAGAGCGGCAGACGCGGCGGGCGGCGCGGUCCAUGCAGACGCCGUCGUGGCGGGACAUCUCCAGUAACUACUCCUCAGAGGACGAGGUCAGCCCCCAGGGAUCCAGGGCCGUGGUCUGUGACAUCAACAAGGAGAUGCUGAGAGUGGGCAAGCAGAAAGCCGACAGCAUGGGCGUCAGUGCUGGUCUGUCGUGGGUGGCGGGGGACGCGGAGGAGCUUCCCUUUGAUGACGACCGGUUCGAUAUUUAUACCAUCGCCUUCGGCAUUCGAAACGUCACCCAUAUAGAUCAGGCGCUGCAGGAGGCUCUGCGGGUUCUGAAGCCUGGUGGCAGAUUCAUGUGCUUAGAGUUCAGCAAAGUGACAAAUCCUGUUUUAUCGAGGCUUUAUGACGCAUACAGUUUCAACAUGAUCCCGGUUUUGGGAGAGGUGAUUGCUGGAGACUGGAAGUCAUACCAGUAUCUGGUGGAAAGCAUCCGCAAGUUCCCGGACCAGGAGGAGUUUAAACAUAUGAUUGAGGACGCAGGUUUCUACUGUGUGAAGUACUACAACCUCACCGGUGGAGUUGUGGCUCUUCACUCUGGUUUCAAGCUGUGAGAUGCACUUUGACCUCUGUACUGCAGGCCUUUCUGUCCUCACAUAUGUUGAGCAUGAAGUCCCAGAGCUCCUCUGCUGAUGUCUGCUCAAUGACUGGACUCAACUGUACCAAUGUUGGUUUAUAUGAUGUAAAGAAACAAUCUAUUGGGAAGUGAGUAAUUAUUUUGUUUAGUUUUCAAUAUUUUUUUCAAUACAAUUUGGCAACAAAUAAUAAAACUUGUUGAGAAAAGUUGAUCUCAGUAUCUGAACUGAUUAUUCUCAAAGCUACAAAAGGCAAACUUUGUGUGUAAAACAAAGUAUAGCAUGUGUAAAACGGACUGUUACAGCCCGCCUCAAAGGCUGCAACAUAAAGAGAAACAAACAAAAAGCCGUGUCAGCCAAAGAAGAGAAGCCGAUCCAUGUUCAGAUGGUGUCUUUAUAGCCAUCACUACACCAGGCUCAGGUGGGGCUCAUCAGCUGCCGAUCAACAUCCUGAAAGACAGAAUAGACGGCAAGCAGGACACAGACCCCUAGUGGAAGGGAGGGGUCAUCACAGGACACAGUAUAGUCUGUGGAAAAAAGCCAAAAGUAUGCCCUCCAUAAUCAGGCCCCCUCCUACCUCACCGAACCUGCUCCACCACCACACUCCAUCCCGUCGCCUCC